AUCUUUGCGAUAGCAGUUAGCGAGAUUUGUUUUUCCAGGUAUUCUAGUUACAUGAUAGCGACGGAAAACGAACCUACACUAAGUCUGAUAUUUUCCCAUACGACAUUACACAGCUUGUAAAAUGCUUUUCUUGAUGGAGUCUACGAUUUUCUUAGUUAUACUCCUGUUGAUAAAUCCACACCAUUGUGAACCAGACUGUUGGAAAGAUUUAAACGACGCUUCGACAGUACAAGCUCAAAACUGCUUAAAACUCGGAAUGCCAAUUAUACAACAAAUGAUGGCAAAGAAUCAGGAGUUGGAUAAAACUGAUGAUCCUACCCCGGACGAAUUAGCGACAUAUAACCUCGAAAUGUAUGGUAUUAUGUGCAGCGAUCAAGGUAAAAGGGCGAUUCAGUGCCAGUUAGAUUUUGCAUCUUCAACGUGUCCGCAAGCAUUUACUUAUGCGAAGUCCAUUCCAUAUUUUCCAACUACACCAGCGAUGGAUACAGCUUACAUUCUUCAUUUUGGAAGUGUGGAUGCUAUUUGCUCAGGACAUGAAAAAUCAUAUGCCGAUGAAGUUAGAGACUUGUUUAAUCGUCUACAAAUGAAUUUUCCAAGUACGAGCAAAUGCAUUGCUAAGGCAAAUACCACAAAAAACCAGUUUGUUGGAAAGUAUAAUGACGAUAAACAAUAUGCCGUUGCCCUUAUCAAUUUGUACGCUCAGGAAUGCAGUCUUCCUUCCUCAGGGGCUGUGUAUAGAAAAAUAAACAGUGUACUUCGUAACGGAAAUUCUGAACAACCUUGGAAACAAGCAGGUGAUCUUAUAGACAGAGGUCUUGACAUACUAGGCCAAGAAACAGUAAGUGUGGUGUACAGAGGCUGCCGCACUCCUGUCACAUUUACAUCUGGCUCUGAGUACAUGUUCAGUCAAAUUAUUAGUACAUCAUUAGACCCUAAAGUUGCCUUGUUGUUUGGUUGUUUCAAUGGAUACCAAAAUUCACAAGAAAACAACCUCCUCAAUACUUUCUUUGAAAUACGAAAUGCACGUGGUGUCCGAAUUGAUAAAUACUCUGCGAUGAAUAAUGAAGAAGAAUUCCUUAUGCAGUCAGUAAGUUCUUUCUUUGUUGUUAACACAACUGAUGAUUCUCAGGACAUCAAGAAGAAAAUAGAUGAAAUUGUUGUACACGGAUAUCAGAUAUACCCCGCUGUGUAUGUUACCUUAGAUACGGUGUGUACUUCAAAGGACACGAGCGCCGCUGACACGAGCGCCGCUGCAACGUUUGUUGUCCGGCGACAACUGAUUCUUGUUUUCUUCUGUCUGUAUGUCAAUACUAUUAUCGAAAUAUAAUCUAGCAACGAGACAAUACAAACAAUGAAUGCGAAAAUUAGCUUUUAAGUUAAAUUUGUUUGGUGUUUUACGUUAGAUUAUUAUGCACGCAAGUUAUUUACAGAAAAUAUGCAAAUAUGUAUAAAUCAAAGCGUUUUAUGGUCUUUGAGACGAGGACUUACAAGUUUUGUCGUCUUUUAGGAGAGGAUCGACAUAAAAUAUUGUCAUGCUAUCAUGUGUAUGUUUUUAUGUUCUUUCACUUCUAUAGGUUUGCUUGAGAAACAGUUGUAACAUUUGAGUGCAGGCAAAAGUUUCCAAAUUCUAUAAUAAGAAGCUUACAACAAGAAGUGCAUUACUGUCAGAUUAUAAAGCGUUUAUCUUCCUUCUUGUUUUUAGCAUGUCGUUUUAAGAAGAAACAUUAAACUUCCGACGACUGCAUAUUUGUCUGCCAAAUUAAAUGCAUAAGUUCAUAAAUUUUCAGUGUGAAAUUAGAGCAAAUUUUAAAUAGUUUAAUUUCUUUACUUGACAAAUUAUCAAUGACCUUAAAGCUAGGAAAGUCAAUCAGUUAACUCAAAAUGGGUUGCAGUCUCUGUAAGCAUAUCAAAUAGCCUAAUGGAAUGAAAAUGACAAAUAAACUAGUAAUUUAACUUUGCAGUUUUUAUUUAUUCGUGGUAGAAUGAUAAAUAUUACUGUAACAUAUUAUAUCAGAUGUAACGUUUGUUAGGUUCAAAUACAUAUUACUGAAACAUU